GUCACGUGUCUAAAUUCGAAAAAGCUGAAAUUCUUGAGAUGACCGUCCAGAAAUUAAAGAAGAUUCGGGACUGGAUUCAAGUGCAAGAGGCAGAAGUUAGCUCCAAAGAGCACGGUUUCCGCGAGCAUCCUCGAUACAAAGCUGGCUUCAAUGACUGCAUGAAUGAAGUGGUUCGUUAUCUUUCUAAGAAAGAUUGCGGCAAUAAUGAAUUCCAGUCACAUGUCAUGAGCCAUUUGAAUCACUGUUACAACACGGGUUCGUUGGUGAGCGCAGAGGCUGCCACGAAACCCGGAUCUGUGUCAAGCUCAGACGAAAUGGAAACGAAUUUUGGAAUACGAACGUAUGAUCAUCAUCCAAACCAAUCUCAGAUACAAACACAAACAAGAACCAAUGCAACGCUAGCACUGAGUAUUCCUCAACCGGAAGAACAUUUAAGCGGAAGUAAAUGUACAAAACAGUUUCCUGUGAAUUACAAUAAGCAAUAUGAUUGUUCUUCGUCGUUGCAACAAGCAACGAACUUGAAUUUAAACAAUAACGCAAAUCGGAAAUUAACACCUGAUUUGUCACCGUGUGUUGUUGCUAACGGCGAGAUGGCGGCAACGUCGACGCCUAAAGGCUUGUUUCAGCCGGUUAAUAUUAUCACUGAUUCCAUCCCAAAGCUGGUAAAUAGCCAACAUGCUAUUCAGCUAGAUACAAAUAUUUCUGAACCGAAUUGUAAAACUUACGUUCGUGUCAUUACUCCGAAUAGCUCGGUGAACGGACAGGAAAUGAUGGAAACGUUACCAUCGAGAACUUCCAGAAGUUCUAUGACGCAAGUGACUGCUAGCACUAACACAGUAAAUAUGGACGAGAUGUCGCAGCGUCAUGCCGGCCAAAUAAUUACUGGUAUUGAUUAUUACAACAAAAACAAUAUCAUUUUUAGCAACAAUAAUGGCGGCGCACCUAUCGCGUUUUUAGUCGCGACACCUUUACCAGUAAAAGCCAUUCCUUUAUAUACAUCAUUAGAUAAAACACAAGAGACAUGUGUCGGGGUUCUAUCGCCACACGCAACUAAUAUAAAAAGUAACACAACAAUCUCUGCUGAAGUUCCUCCACGUUGUCAAUCGUUAAACGUGGCGGAUUCUUCGGUAUUGAAACCGGAUGUGACAAACAGAGGUCAUAGCUACCGGAUGUCGAAUCGUGGUGACAGUGAGAAUAAAUUCGUGACGUCAUCUAACGUCUGGCGUCCUUGGAAUGCGGUGGAAUGAACUUCGACCUUUAUCAUUGCUCUUUGCUGCUGAUUUUCAUGUUUUCAUAUACCCGUUUCUUUUCCUCUCUCUCUCCUCAUACCUUUCUGGAGAAGAGCGUAGGUUCGAAACGCCAGAAACGUUUCCAUUUUUUCCUAAGCGUCAAACUAAUACACAUUGUUUGUAGUUCUCUCACCUGUUUCUGCCUUGUGCGUUUUGUUUUUUUCCACAAUUUUGACCUAUAAGUAUAUAUGUGUGUGUGUGUGUGAGGGAGAGUGUGUGUGUGAGUGCGUGUGUGAGUGCGUGUGUGUGUGUGUGAGUGUGUGUGUGUAUACAUAUCAUCAUAUCAUAUGACAAGGCCUAUUCCCCAUUUUCCACACCAGGUAUUCCAUUUAUUAUCCAAA